UUUUACGUACAUUCUAAACAUAUACUCGUAUAUAUAAUAAUCAUUACGUAUAUAUCGAUGGUUGUAAUGAUCGAGACCGCUUUAGAGCUUGCAAUUCGUGAACUACUGAAAGCAGUAGUAGGACAAAGUAUGCAAACCGCAAGAUUCAAAACUUUACUCAAACGUCUUAAAAAAACCUUGAAUUGCAUCGAGUCAAUGUUUUACGACAGCCGGAGGCUCAACAAAGUGUUAGACCGUCCGGAAAAAGAGAUCAUGAUGUUUGUAUAUCAUCUAGAGACGGGGAAAGAACACGUACUAAAGUGCUCGAAGAUUAACUUUUGGAACGUGUACCAAAAGUUUCUUCAUUCUAAUAAGUUGGUUCGGUUAAACAACGAGCUCUUAAGGUUUUUUCAGGUGGAAUUGCAGACGGAUAUGAUGAUGAUGAGUACUAGUAUGAGGGGUUUGAUUGGGAUUUAUGAUUUGUCGGAGAAAAUGGAUCGACUACUAUCAGCUGUUACUAGUCCUGCGCGUCCUAGUUCUAAAUUGUGCAGUGUUCCCGGGCUUCCAUAUCUUAUAGUUGGAUUUGACCAGCAUCUAGAGCAAGUGAAGCGUAUGCUGCUUGAUGAUGACGAUCAAGUGAUGGUGGUUUCGGGUCCUGGAGGUUGUGGGAAGACUACUUUGGUGAAACUACUUUGUCAUGACAAUAAAAUAAAAGACAUAUUUGGUGCAAAUAUCUUUUAUAUUACUGUCUCAAGAACAUCCAGUCUGAAGACCGUUGUCCAAAAACUAUUUGAACAUCUUGGUGAAAAUCAUUAUGAGUUUCAAACCAAUGAAGAGGCCACAAAUCAACUCCAGAGCCUAAUGAAACGAAUGGAAUCACAGAACAUGUUGUUGAUCCUGGACGACGUCUGGUCUGAAUCUGAAUACAUAAUUCAAGAGCUUAAGUUUCAUAUAUCAGGAUACAAAAUUUUGGUCACAUCAAGAUUUUUGUUUCCAAGGUUUAAUUCAACUUAUGAGUUAAGCUUGUUGAGUGAAGAAGAUUCAAAAACUCUUCUUUGCUAUUCGGCAUUUCCAAAUGAUGGAAUUCAUGUAAAUGUGCCAGAUGAUCUCGUGAACAAGAUUGUUAAGUUAUGUAAGGGACUUCCGUUGGCCCUUACUGUGGUUGGUGCAUCGCUUUGCGGUCAAUCUCUGCUUAAAUGGAAAACUACUCUCAAAAAAUGGUCAGAUGGUCAAUCUAUUUUGCAGUCAAACAGCAGCAUACUUCAUAGUCUCAAGUCAAGUAUUGAUUCACUGGAUGAGUUGUCUAUUGUUAAAGAAUGCUUCUUGGACUUGGGCUCGUUUCCUGAAGAUGAACGGAUUGCAGCUACGAUUCUUCUGGAUAUGUGGGUGGAGUUAUACAAUCUUGAUGAUGAGGGAAUGUAUACCACUGAAAAUCUUGUUGAAAUCUCAUUAAGAAAUCUUAUCAAACUUGCUCCAAUAAGAAAAGAGGCAGGGGAAUUAGAAGGGUAUUGUAACGAGCUUUAUGUCAAGCAGCACAAUUUGCUAAGAGACUUGGCCAUCCACCUCAGUAGCCAAGAGCCCGUUGCAGAAAGAAAACGCUUGUUCAUUGAAAUCCAUGAGAACCGGUUUCCAAUUUGGUGGAAGGAACAAAUAACACACCCCAUUAGCACCCAAAUCUUAUCUAUUUCAACAGAUGACACUUUUGAUUCUACUUGGAAUGAUUUACAAGCACCUAAAGUUGAAGUAUUGACAUUGAAUAUACAGAGCAAAAAAUACGCUCUGCCUCAAUUCAUUGAAAAGAUGGACCAAAUGAAGGUUUUGAGUGUCACCGGCUAUGGUGUAUAUCCUUCUCACCUGCAAAAUCUUUCAUCCAUACGUUAUCUAUCAAACGUAAAAAGAAUCAGAUUUGAACAUGUUUCAUUGUCAUCCUCAAUUCGUCCCAUCUUUGAGUUACAUAAUCUAAAGAAACUUGCUUUUGUUAUGUGUGAGUUUGGUGAUGCUUUGAUGAGUUGCACCACCGGGUCAUCACCGUAUAUACUACCAAAUCUAACAGAGCUUGUAAUCGACCGGUGUUAUGAUUUAAAAGGACUACCAUCUGAACUAUGCAAUCUUGGUCAACUAGUGAAACUCAGCAUCACCAAUUGCCAUGAACUGGAGACUCUUCCUAAAGAGUUGGGAAGUCUAUCAAAUCUUGAAAGCUUAAUGCUUCAUUGUUGCACAAAACUACAAGAAAUUCCCGAAUCAAUUGGAAGCUUGAGUAAGUUGAGCUUUAUAGAUAUAUCUGAUUGUUUGAGUGUAAGUAUACUGCCUGAAGAAAUUGGUGAACUAAGUGGUCUGAAAGUACUUAGGAUGAGCGGUUGUCGUGGGUUACAAGAAUUGCCAAUGUCCAUGAGCAAACUGUGGCAGCUAGAAGAUGUGAUAUGCGAUGAAGAGACGUCGUAUUUGUGGAUGAAUUUCGAAAGUGAUCUCUAUAAUUUGAAGAUAAAUGUUAUUGAAGAUGAUAGGUUUGAAAGCUUUAUGAAGAUCAUUCAGUAAGUUCUCUGAAUCCACUUGUUUGUCAUCAUCCUAUAUGAAG